GGCAAUACCACAUUGAAACAAAUUUUGUUUUAGUUAUUGUGUCUGCUUGUUUCCAAAAGGAAUUUAAUUAAAAAUAAAGGUGAAGUAAUCGACGUUUAUUCGGUGGAUCUCCAUCAUGGCUUAUAAUUACGUGGUUACGGCUCAAAAGCCGACCGCGGUGACAGCCUGCAUUACAGGCAACCUAACUUCACCCACGGAUCUGAACCUGCUGGUUGCAAAGCAAUCACGUCUGGAGAUGUACCUAGUUACUCCUGAAGGGCUACGUCCUAUGAAAGAAGUUGGUCUUUAUGGCAGAGUAGCCAAGAUGAAACUAUUUAGGCCUCCAUAUGAGAAAAAAGAUUUGGUCUUCAUUCUUACUGCUCGAUAUAAUGCCAUGAUUUUGGAAUGGAGGACAGGCGCCAAUGGGGAGUUAGAAGUGGUCACCCGAGCCCAUGGGAAUGUGUCUGAUCGAAUCGGAAAACCAUCAGAGAAUGGCAUCCUUAUGGUCAUAGACCCACAAGCUAGAGUAAUAGGCCUGAGGCUAUAUGAUGGCUUGUUAAAAAUUAUACCAUUGGAUAAGGAUUCAACAGAAUUAAAAGCCGCUAGUUUAAGGUUAGAUGAACUAGCAGUGUAUGAUUUAGAAUUUUUACAUGGGUGUUGCAAUCCAACUUUAAUUUUAAUUCACCAAGAUUUGAAUGGCAGACACAUUAAGACACACGAAAUAAACUUAAGAGAAAGAGAAUUCAUGAAAAUCCCUUGGAAACAAGACAAUGUAGAGACAGAAGCGUCAAUCCUUAUUCCUGUACCCAGUCCUAUUGGUGGAGCUAUUGUAAUUGGUCAAGAGUCUAUAGUAUAUCACGAUGGUCAAAGUUACGUGGCUGUGGCGCCGCCGCAAAUAAAGUCAACACCAAUAGUGUGCUACUGCCGCGUGGACACUCGCGGGCUGCGGUACCUGCUGGGGGACGCGGCAGGCAGACUCUUUAUGUUGCUGCUCGAGCUGCAGCAGAAGAUGGACGGCACGCACGCCAUCAAGGAUCUCUUUGUGGAGCUGUUGGGUGACAUCCCAAUACCAGAAUGCAUGACGUACCUCGACAACGGCGUGGUCUUCAUUGGUUCCCGUCUCGGCGACUCUGCAUUAGUUCGUCUGUCCUGCUCUAGGGACGAAGCUAGUCAAUACGUGCAAGUUAUGGAGAGUUUCACAAGCUUGGCACCGAUUGUGGACAUGUGUGUAGUGGAUUUGGAGAGACAGGGACAGAAUCAGCUGAUCACAUGUUCAGGCGCUUUCAAGAUGGGUUCGCUGCGCAUAAUCCGCAACGGCAUCGGCAUCCAGGAGCAGGCGUCCAUCGACCUGCCCGGCAUCAAGGGCAUGUGGGCGCUCAGCGCCGCCGCCGCCGCGCACGACACGCUCGUCGUCGCCUUCGUCGGACAGACCAGAGUGCUAACACUAAACGGCGAAGAAGUUGAAGAAACCGAAAUAAAAGGCUUCGUUUCCGAUCGGCAGACCUUCUUCACUGGAAACGUGUGUCACAAUCAACUUGUUCAGGUGACAGACGAAGGUAUCAGACUGAUAGCGCGCGAGGGCGAGGAGUGGGCGCUGGCGGCGCAGUGGCGCGUGGGCGGCGCGCGGCAGCUGUCGGUGGUGGGCUGCAGCGACGGCCGCGUGGUGUGCGCCGCCGGCCCGCAGAUAUACCUCGUCGAGAUACUGCAGGGGGCGCUGCAGCUCACCAAGUCGGUGUGCAUGGAAGAAGAGGUGGCUUGCCUCGACAUAGGCCCGGGGCCCGAACCAUGCUUUUUAGGAGUGGGACUUUGGACUGACAUCUCCGUGCGGGUUCUCACAUUGCCUGAUCUGAAGCCGGUGCACACUGAGAAACUGUGCGGAGAAAUAAUACCGCGUUCGCUUCUCAUCUGCGUGCUGGAAGGCAUCUGCUACCUCCUCUGCGCUUUGGGCGACGGAUCAAUGUUCUACUUCACAGUGGACCAGCAGACCGGAGAGCUGUGCAAUAAGAAGAAGGUCACGUUGGGCACUCAGCCCACCGUCUUGAGGAGUUUCAGGUCUCUGUCGACGACGAAUAUCUUCGCGUGUUCCGAUCGUCCGACCGUCAUCUUCUCGUCCAAUCACAAACUGGUAUUCUCCAACGUCAACCUCAAGGAAGUUACACACAUGUGUUCGCUUAAUGCGGCCGCGUAUCCAGACAGUUUAGCUUUAGCGACCGACAGCACAGUAACGAUAGGAACAAUCGAUGAAAUACAGAAACUACACAUCAGAACCGUGCCGUUAGGGGAGACUCCGCGCAGGAUCGCGUAUCAAGAGGCUUCACAAACGUUCGGUAUAAUAACGAUGCGCGUGGACAAAAUGGAGUGGUCGAGCGGCGGCGGGUCGGCGAGCGCGGUGCGGUCGUCCGCGUCCACCGCCGCCGCCAGCUGCAGCGGCGCGCCCGCCGCCGCCAAGCUGCAGCCCAACCAGGCCGACGUCGAGAUACACAACCUGCUCAUCGUCGACCAGCACACGUUUGAAGUAUUACACGCGCACCAGCUACAAGCGAACGAAUACGCGUUGUCGCUGAUCUCGUGUCGUCUCGGCGACGACCAACACCACUAUUACGCCGUCGGCACCGCCGUACUUCAGCCGGAAGAAAGCGAACCCAAACAGGGUAGGAUAUUACUCUUCCACUGGUUCGAAGGCAAGCUGGUGCAGGUGACGGAGAAGGAGAUCAAAGGAGCGUGCUACGUACUAGUAGAGUUUAAUGGGAAACUGCUCGCCGCCAUCAACAGUACCGUGCGACUAUUCGAAUGGACGUCAGACAAGGAGCUGCGGCUCGAAUGCAGUCACUUUAAUAACAUCGUAGCUCUGUACCUCAAGGCGAAGGGAGACUUCAUACUCGUUGGCGACAUUAUGCGGUCUAUGUCACUGCUACAAUACAAGCAGAUGGAGGGUAGUUUCGAAGAGAUCGCCCGUGACUACACUCCCAACUGGAUGACGGCGGUUGAGAUAUUAGACGACGACACGUUCUUGGGCGCCGAGAACUGUUUCAACUUGUUCGUCUGUCAGAAGGAUAGCGCGGCGACGACGGACGAGGACCGGCAGCUGAUGAGCUACAUGGGGCAGGUGCACCUCGGGGACAUGGUGAAUGUGAUGCGGCGCGGCGCACUCGUGGCGCAGAGCGCGGACAGCGUCGCGCCCGUGCAGCGCCCGGUGCUGGCCGCCACCGUGCACGGCGCCAUCUGCCUAGUAGUCCAACUGUCACAAGAGCUGUUCGAAUUCCUACACAAAUUGGAGGAGCGUCUCACUCACACAAUCAAGUCGGUCGGCAAGAUCUCGCAUUCAUUCUGGAGGUCUUUCAAUACGGACAUUAAGACUGAGCCAGCCGAGGGCUUUAUUGACGGAGACCUCAUUGAGAGCUUCUUGGAUCUCACCAGGGAUAUGCAGCAAGAGACGGUCAAAGGAUUACAGAUCGACGACGGCGGCGGUAUGCUCCGCGACGCGACAGUCGACGACAUCAUCAAGAUUGUGGAGGACCUCACCAGGAUACAUUAGUUAUGUGGCGCUUUAAUAAAAAUUAUAUAUCAAUCGCACUCUUCUCAUUUGCCGCAUUUUUUUUUAUUUACCAUGCGGCGCAGGGGAAAACCCAUCGUGGGCGACUGGGAAGGGAGGUCCCAGACAGUGCCGGACUCUUACCGGGUAAAAACCCCUGCACCACUAGUUCUCAAGUAUCCUCUAACAUGGUGAUCAGAGCCUUUCUUUGCAAUUUUUAUUAAAUCUACUCGUUUUGCUAAGAGGCUUAUUGUAUUUAUUUUCAACUAGUUCAUUAUCAUGCGAUAUUUGUUAUAUUGUACUAUAUACUACUAUUCCUAAUUACCUUUACAUUUGCAGCAUUGUAGCAGCGGACCGUCGCGUCAAGCGAAUAAGAUAAUGUAUUGCCAUUUAACUAAAUUUGUGUGACGAUCCGCGGGGUUGAGGCAAACAGAGGGGGGAAGCGAUUCCAUCGUAGCUCCUAAUCUGAACGAAAUAAAGUCCGCCCCUUCACAUGGCGACUGGGUUCUUCUCUUUUUACGGGGUUUAAAAUCAGUACAGUCAAAUUUUCAUUAUUUUGAAAAUAUGUAAUGAUAAUGUAAAUAUGUAAUGAACAUGAUACAUUUUUAAAAUAAUGUAGGCCCAAAAUUAAUGAAAAUAGAAAAAAAAACCAUUCAUAAUGAUAACUUUAAUCACAAGGCAUAAAAUCACAGUUUAUAAUAAUUUGAAUAAAAUCUUGUGUCGAAAUAAUCUGAACAUUUAUUAUACAAUAUUAUUCAUAAUAGCGUGACGCUAACAAAAUCUAUAGAAACGUACACAUGUUGUGUAACAUCGAAUGAUUUAAAAAAAACAUUGAAAUAGUGACUAGGACAUUCACCUGUAUAUUCCCAAAAUGCCAAUUAAUGUCUUUAUUACACAAAA